AUGGCAUCAGAGCUGGCAAUGAGCAACUCCGACCUGCCCACCAGUCCCCUGGCCAUGGAAUAUGUUAAUGACUUCGAUCUGAUGAAGUUUGAAGUGAAAAAGGAGCCGGUCGAGCCCGAUCGCACCAUCAGCCAGUGCAGCCGCCUCAUCGCCGGGGGAUCCUUGUCUUCCACGCCGAUGAGCACGCCCUGCAGCUCUGUGCCCCCCUCCCCGAGCUUCUCGGCGCCCAGUCCGGGCUCGGGGAGCGAGCAGAAGACACACAUAGAGGACUUCUACUGGAUGUCCGGUUACCAACAGCAGCUCAAUCCAGAGGCGCUGGGCUUCAGCCCCGAGGACGCGGUCGAAGCGCUCAUCAACAGCAGCCACCAGCUCCAGUCGUUCGAUGGCUACGCCAGGGGCCAGCAGUUCACAGGCGCAGCCGGCCCGGGAGGCGCCAUGGCCGGGGAGGAGAUGGGCUCCGCCGCGGCGGUAGUGUCGGCGGUCAUCGCGGCGGCCGCCGCUCAAAACGGGGCUCAGCACCACCACCACCAUCACCACCACAACCACAGCGGGACCGGGGGAGGAGGAGGGGGCGGCGGAGGUGGCGGCGGCCACCACCACCACCACCAGGCGCCCGGCGUCCAGUCCAACGGCGUCUCCGGGACAAAUCAUCACCCGCACAUGCGCCUGGACGACCGAUUCUCUGACGAACAGCUGGUCACCAUGUCCGUGCGGGAGCUCAACCGGCAGCUCCGAGGGGUCAGCAAGGAAGAAGUGAUCCGACUCAAGCAGAAGAGGAGGACCCUCAAGAACCGAGGCUACGCGCAGUCGUGUCGCUUCAAGCGCGUCCAACAACGGCACGUCCUGGAGGGCGAAAAGACGCAACUGGUGCAGCAAGUGGAGCACCUCAAGCAGGAGAUCUCCAGGCUGGUCCGGGAGAGGGACGCGUACAAAGAAAAGUAUGAGAAGCUCAUCGGCAACGGCUUCAGAGAAAGUGGCUCGAGCAGCGACAACAACCCGUCGUCUCCGGAGUUUUUCAUGUCAUCCAGAAAAUUCCUCCAUCUGUGA